GGGCUCAGUGCUAACUCACUGUAAGUGUAAUAAACUAGUGUGAAAGGGGAAUUUUUUUUCAACAUCGGGACCGAUUCAGCCUAUUCUUUGGUCGGUGCAUGGUAGAAAAGCUUUUGUAUUCGGACUGAUUGCUUGGAGACAAUGGCUUUUAGUGAAUCCUUUGCAGUUCUGUGUGUGACGAUUGUCACGCUGAUCAUCACGUCCAGCAUCGUGGCCAUUGUGGUGUCGUUCAUUCAGAAACGGCGACUGGAGAAGGAGCUGUCAGCCAUUCCAUCGGCCCCUGACAGACACUGGCUCCUUGGUCAUAUCCCCAAGCUUACUUUUGAUGAGGAAGAACUCAAGUGGGGACGAGUUUUCGUAAGGAAAGCUGUCAGCGCAGCGAUUUUGUGGAUUGGACCAUUUCUGCCGAUUGUGACACUUUUUGACACUGACACAGUGAAAGCAAUUCUCAGCACAGGAGAACCAAAGGCCGAGUACACCUACUCUUUUGUGCGCCCCUGGAUUGGAGAUGGGCUGCUGUUAUCAUCUGGGAAGAAAUGGGCAAGGAACAGACGCUUACUGACCCCCGGCUUUCACUUUGACAUCCUGAAGCCGUAUGUUGGUAUCUUCCAACAAUCCGGAGACAUCCUUGUUGAGAAGUGGAGAGCAGCGUGUAUUGGAGGAAAAACAUCCAUGGAGAUGUUUGGUAACAUGAGCCAGCUAACGCUAGACAGUCUUCUGAAGUGCAUAUUCAGUGUGGAGACCAACUGCCAAACAGUUGAGAAUCACCCCUACACUAAGGGAAUUAAUGACAUAGCCAACUUGGUUGUGGAGCGCUUCCGCUUUCUGCCUUACCACAUUGACGCCAUUUACCAGUGGAGUCCCAGUGGCCGGCGCUUCCGCCGUGCCAAUGAAACCGUCCACGACUACGCACGGAAUAUAAUCAAGCAGCGUAAGAAAGCUCUGAUAGAGGAGGCAGCCAACGGCAAAAAAAGGCAGAGGAAGUACAUUGACUUCCUGGACAUUCUGCUCUGCGCAAAAGACAGUGAUGGACAGGGACUCAGUGACCAGGAGAUCUACGAUGAAGUGGACACCUUCAUGUUUGAGGGGCACGACACAACGGCCUCGGGCCUGUCCUGGUUUCUAUACAACAUGGCCAGACUGCCUGAAUUCCAGGAGAAGUGUAGGCAGGAGGUGGAUGACCUGCUAGCUGACAGGGAAAAAGACCGGCUGGUGUGGGAUGACCUUAACAAUCUGCCAUACCUGACCAAGUGUCUGAAGGAGAGCCUGCGUAUACACUCCCCCGUCCCUAAUGUCAUGCGGGUGUUGACCCAGCCUGUGACCUUUCCUGAUGGCAGGAAGUUGCCAAAAGGGACCCUUGUAGGGAUAAUAGUCAGUGCCCUGCACAACAAUCCGCAUGUGUGGGAUGACCCCGACACCUUUGAUCCUGAGAGGUUUGCACCAGACAGAGCCAAGAAUAUCCCACCUUAUGCAUACGUGCCAUUUGCAGCUGGACCCAGGAAUUGUAUCGGUCAGCACUUUGCCCUGAACGAGAUGAAGGUCAUUUCUGCCAUUAUCCUUCGCAACUUUCACCUCUCUGUCGACGAAUCCGUUCCCGUGCUGCGAACCAAUGCACUGGUCCUGCGAGCCGAGAAUGGCAUUCAUCUGCACAUCACACCUCGCAAGCUUUAAGAGUCUUCCCUGCUAACCUUAUUGUUUGUGAUAUGUAAAUUCAAGUGCAGUGACAUCUGCAAGUAUAUACCAAAGUUUUAAGCAAUCCAUUAAAUUCCCUUGUCAUUUAAAUUUUUCACUUGAGUACAAUUUUAACAUUAUGAAUUUGAAAGGUUUCUAAUCUGAUAAGAUUCCAUUCCUGUAGAGUGUACAUGUAUGUAUGUCGCUAGAUUAUUAAUGGAGAAGACUAUAAAGUGAUAUUUUUAUUGUGUUCAAUUAUCAUGAUUAAAAUCUCUACCUCAAAAGAGAAAAUUUUUAAGUAGAGUUUAGAAGUACAAUUUUAAAGGUUUUCAAAGUGUGUGUGGUCACAACAUUGUUAAUGCUUCUGGUGCUUGCUUGUUUUUACACUUCUGAGAGAUUUCUUUUUGAUAUUCAUAUUCAAAAGGUAGAGUAAAAUGUGUAAUCAAUGCAACAUUAAUUUAAAACGUUUGUGGUGGAAAAUAAUUUAUGACUUUAAUCAGUUUCUUUGUGAAUAUUAGUCAGAAAUUAGUCGGAAAAUGAUAUGGAAAUGUAACAUGAAGAAUCUUUUUUUUACCUCCUAUUCAAAGCUAUAAUCAGUUGGUUAUUAAUAAAGAAAACGUUUGACAAUAAU